AUGGCGCAAUUCCUCAAGGCAGCAGGCAAUGGCGACAUUGACAAGGUCGAGAAGCUCCUGGACAACAUCCACUUCCAGAACAAGAAGGGCGAGUCGGCCCUGCAUGUGGCGGUCGCCGAAGCGCAGCUGGAAAUGGUCGAGUUUCUCGUGAACCACCGCGCGAACGUCAACCUCCAGGAGAAGAAGGCCGGCUUCACGCCGUUGAUGCUGGCGCUGGCGCAGCAGCCGCAAAGCUACCUCGACAUGCUCGAGAUCAUGAUGAAGGCGCAGCCCGACCUGACGAUCAAGGACGUGUCGGGGCAGACCGCGCUCCAUCUCGCUGCCCGUACGUCGUGCUCGUGA